AUGACUUUGGAUCUGAACUCAAAACUCAGUCAUAAAGAGAGGAUUGAAUGCGAAAAGUGGGUAAAAGUACCCAAAUAUGAGCAACAGGUACACAACUGGACCGAUCUAUUCCUAAACAAUGGCUACACCAUUGAAAUGACAGAAAUAAAGGAUUACUUCUAUGAUUUUAAAACAGAGUACGCGAAGACAACCCUCCCAAUGCUGGAGAAGCUGUACGCCGGGUAUUGUGUGCAGGGAUGUGGUGUUGAAGGCAUGUCCGAUGAGAUGAGACAGCGAUUUAAGGAGCAGAUGAGCGAUCAGAUAAUGAAUGCCCGGAGCCCUACACUCGACAGAAGUCUAUUGUCUCGUGGAUUGAACGGAGAUUUGGGGCAAUCGUUUGAAGUGUUUUACAAAAUAGCGUUCAUUAUUGUCCGCAAGAAUGGCACCAAUUAA